AUGUCGAUCGCGCUUCCCGACGAGAUACUGCUUUUGAUCUUCAAAGAUCCGAAAAUUGGAAUAUCAGAGUAUUUAAGUCUCUGUUCUUCAUCAAAGAGGCUUCGCCGGAUCGUGUAUCCACUCCUCUACCAACGAGUUGAGCUCGUAGACAAUGAAUGUCACCUCUUUCUUCGCUCUAUCGUCAAUAAUCCUUCCUUGGGGCUCAUGGUCACAUAUAUCUUCUUGGCGUGGGAUACCUAUCAUCAGGGAAAGCCAGUCGACUCUGAAGCUCUGCCACGGUUCAUCGAGGUUGCUUCAAAUCGAUUGCCAGCGGCGAUCAGAGAAAUAGCUAUAGCAGAGCUAUCUACAGGCUCAGAAAGUGCCGAAGCUCUACUCUUGCUCACCCUUCUUCCUCGACUUGACGAACUUAACCUCUUUCCUUCGGCGCGCGAGAGACCACCAUUCAUAGAUACGCACCUAUUCACCAUUAUUAAAGAGGGAGUCAUGCCAACCUCGUUGUCCACCGUCUACUACUCGCAGGAUGUCACCAAACCCCCCUUCGAUUUGGCCAAUCUCUGUGCAUUCUUCUUCCAGCCUUCCGUCAAGUCUAUAAGGGCCAACCUUGAGACAGGAAAAGCCGUUGAAGGGGACUCAGAGCCUCAGAUAUCUUCAAUUACAGACCCUCGCUUUCAUGAAGUGCAAAAGUUUUACGGAAAGUCUUCCGUGGAAACUAUUGACUUGUUGGAAUGCUCAUUACUGGGAGCUGAAAUCGAGGUCUUGCUACGCUUACCAAAGGCGUUAAAAUCUCUCAGAUACGACAUGGCGUUCCCCAUGGUCUCAGCGACCAGAUUCGGCAGCGCCAUCGCCCACUUAUCUACAAGUCUUGAGGAACUAUAUAUUUCAAACUUUUCAUUUGAGGACGACAUCGAACUCCAGGGAACAAUUGGUUCACUAAAGGCAUUUGCGCGGCUACGAGUACUUAGAAUUCCCGUAGAUUUUCUUGUCGGAAGUGGUGUGAACGACUCUUUUGAGAUGCACACUCUACUUCCUAAUCGCUUAGAGCAUUUCAUGCUCGACGCGCAUGCAAGCUCGGGCGAAUGGAUGGGUAAUGUCUAUUCCUUGCUCAUAGCAGUGUGGGCAGACCCCUCCAGUCUCCCAUUACUCAAGAAAAUAACAAUCUGUGUCGCGUGGAUACCAGAUGACAAAAAAUGGGAAGCUCUACUGGAAUUAGCAGUGAAGGUAAGGGUUUCCUUAGUCAAGUAA